AGAAAGACGAGAGCCCAGAGAAACACAAACAAAUAAAUAAAUAAUAAAAAAGAGAAAACCGAAGAAAAGGGCAGAGACAGAAAGAGCAAACCAAACCGAAGUCUAGAAGGAGAAGAAGGUCGUUGGUUCACUGCGAAGAUGAACGGCGGCCCAUCUGGUUUCAAUAAUGCUCCAGUCACAAGAACAUUCGUUAUUGCGUGUGCCCUCUUCACCAUCAUCUUUGGGAUCCAAGGUCGUUCAAGUAAACUGGGUUUAUCGUAUCAGGAUAUUUUCAAGAAGCUUCAACUCUGGAAGCCAAUUGUGUCGGUUCUUGCCUUUUCAUCUACACCAGAAAUGAUGUUUGGGCUAUAUCUGCUGUACUACUUUCGAGUAUUUGAGAGACAGAUAGGUUCCAAUAAAUACUCAGUGUUUGUCCUGUUCUCAGUUAUUGUAUCUUUACUGUUUGAGGUCCUUGCAUUAGCAUUACUUAAAGAUCCCACCUUGAAUGUACUCACAUCUGGUCCCUAUGGUGUGAUAUUUUCUUCAUUUGUACCCUUCUAUCUUGACAUUCCAGUUUCAACACGGUUCCGUGUAUUUGGCCUCCGCUUUUCGGACAAAUCUUUCAUAUAUUUAGCUGGUCUUCAGCUUCUUUUGUCGUCCUGGAAAAGAUCUAUUUUGCCGGGAAUAUGUGGCAUCCUUGCUGGUUCCUUAUAUCGCUUAAAUGUCCUUCACAUCCGCAGGCUAAAGUUGCCGGACUUCAUUGCCUCAUUCUUUUUGCGGUUUUCUUGGCCAUCUGUUGGGAGCACACCACCUGCAGCACCUAGUAGAAAUGUUCUUGGGAACAUACCUUCCUACACAGCUCGCCAAGUAGAGGCAAAUUACCCUGCACCUCCCAUGCCAUCCACCAUAGAGCCACCAGAGGAUUCUAUUGCAACACUCGUUUCAAUGGGUUUUGACCGGAACUCUGCCAGGCAGGCGCUUAUGCAUGCCAGAAACGACAUCAAUGCAGCCACGAACAUCCUUCUUGAAGCAGAGUCGCACUAAGAGGGGAAAAAAGAGAGAAGAUAACCCAGAUUUGGAAUCAACGACCAAAUCGUACUAAUACCUGGAGAUAGUCAGCGAGGAAAAUUUGCCAAUAUCUAGGAUCGCAUUGAUCCGUUACUCUAGGAACUCAAUUGAGGUACCCAACAGUAUUUUUUUUUCUUCAGGGUUUUACUUUUUUCCUUUUGUCCUUGUUUAUUUUAAAUUUUUAGCUGUCAGUUUUAAGACAACUGUUGCACAAAUUAUAUUACCCUUGAAAUUAGAAGGCUUUAAGUUAUAUUCAACUGUA